CGCCACUAGGCGGCGCCUCCAGCGGCUGCUGCUCCAGCAGGAGACGAAGAAGAGAAGCAGCCAAUCAGAAUCCGCCUCCAGAUCCAGACAUGUCCGGGCGGCACACGUGUCUGCGGAGCAGCGAUGACGUCCAGACCUGACGAUGGCGGCGCCAGCAGAGCGGAGUAAAGCUGCGUCCCGGAGGCUUCUGGGUAACCGGGGGCUUCUGGGUAACCGGAGGCUUCUGGGUAAUCGGAGGCUUCUGGGUAAUCGGAGGCUUCUGGGUAAUCAGAGGCUUCUGGGUAAUCAGCGGCGCCGGUGCCGGAACGCGAUGCUGCGGUGCGCCUCGCGGGACGCCAGAGUGCGGAGGAAACAGCAGACGAUGCAGCAAACGAUGCUCGCCGGCCGCGGCGUGAAGAGGCCCGGCUCCCCUCCCGGGCCGGGGGGGAAGCGGGCCCGGCUGGGCGGCGCCGCCCGGCCCGGUGCCGACGCCAGCUGGGAGGUGGACAGUGGGUUCUCCUCGGAGGCCAGCCCGCCCGCCAGUGGGCGGAGCUCGCCCUGCCCGGGCCCCGGCGCCGGCCCGGCCGCCGUGGUGGCGCUGGACUGUGAGAUGGUCGGUACCGGGCCCGGCGGGCGCACCAGCGCGCUGGCCCGCUGCAGCGUCCUGGAUUACCACGGCAACGUGCUGUACGACCGCUACGUCCGGCCCGUGGAGCCCGUCACCGACUUCAGGACGCCCUGGAGCGGCGUCAGCCGGCGCCACCUGAGGGACGCCCUGCCCUUCAGCGAGGCCCGGGAGCAGGUGGUCCGGAUCCUGCAGGGCCGGGUCGUGGUGGGUCACUCCGUCUACAACGACUUUGAGGCGCUGGCGCUGCGUCACCCGGGUCACAUGGUCCGGGACACGUGCAUGACCCGGCUCCUGGGCCGGCUGGCCGGGCUGCCCCGGCAGCGCUGCCCGUCCCUCCGGGUCCUGGCGGGCCGGCUGCUGGGCCGCAGCAUCCAGGCCGGGUCGGGGGGCCACUGCUCGGUGGAGGAUGCCCGGGCCUCCCUGGACCUGUACAAGCUGGUGGAGGGCGAGUGGGAGACGGAGCUCCAGACCCGGCUCAGGGAACCCGGACCCGGGCCGGCGCCGCCCAGCUUCGCCUCGUCGGACCACUACAUGCAGGACCGGUACUGGCCCCGUGAUGUCAGCGGUGAUGUCAGUGAUGAUGUCAGCGACGGGGGAGUGGGAGGGGCCUCGCCCUGCGGGGGCGUGGCCUCAGGCCAGACGGACAGACGCCUCGCCGGCGGUCGCCACGGCGACUCCCCGCCGCUUUAACUUAUUACUAUUAACCUGUUAGAAGUGGGCGGGGCCACAGGGCCGACCCGCCGCCUUCCUGGUUCUGAUCCAGACCCUGGAACUGGAGGACGCGGGGGGGGGGGACCGACCCGGAACCAGGACCGACCCGGAACCAGGACCGACCCGGAACCAGCCCCCCCAGAACGAUGCAGCUGUCACUCAAACUCCACAUAAAUGUGUUUAAUCAGGAACGACAUGGAUCCUCCUGCGGUUCCGCCGGGUCUGGACCUGGACCCUGCCCCCCCCCCCCCCGCCCUGUGUGUUACUACACCAUGACUUUAAUAAUAAUGUCUAAUAAUGACUUUAAUAAUGAAGAUUCUGCACUGCAGUUCCGCGCUCCGCCAGCAGAUGGAGCCAAAGCUGCAGCUCCUGGUGUUUCUGGUUGGGGGGGGUUCAGGUUCUGGUUCUGGUUCUGGUUCUGUUAGGGUUCUGAGCUGCUGUAUCAGUACAAGAAAUAAAAACAUCCAUUUUGCUGCAAAUAAAGGAACUCUUUUGAUUCUUUCA